CCUCCCAGCCCAGCCGUUUCAAGCCCUUGGCAGCAUGAGCGGACCACCGAUCCUGGCGCUGCUCUGCCUCACCCUGGCCCUGCUGCUCAGCCCUCCCGCCGGGGCGUGGUACAAGCAGGCGGCCGGCCCCAGCUACUACUCGGUGGGCAGGGCGUCGGGGCUGCUCUCCGGUAUCCGCCGUUCCCCUUACAUGCGCCGCUCCGACGACAACGGCGCUGCGGACAGUAGCGCCGAGGACGGCCCCGCCGCAUCCUCUCUCACCAUGUCCGAGUCGCGGCAGAAUUUCGGCGGGCUGCGCAACCUGGCAGUGUGUGUGAAGGAAGUGGCUCCAGAACUGCAAAGCUGCCAGCUACUGCCUGGUGUGCCCAGCCUCAUUCAGUGCAAGGCGGAUGUCACUGUCUCUUUGGACCCCACUGACUGUACUAUCCCAUGAGACUUGUGCAGGUGUCCUUCCCUAUAAGUUCUAUGGAGGCACCUGGAGGGGGGGGACAGGCAGGCAAGAGAUGGGUUUACUCUCUGUGUCAAUGGCGGUUGGAGUUGCGGGUGGUGAGGGAAUAUGGUUUUAUUUGUAUUUUUUCUGCAUCUGUUAAUAAAUGUGAUUUAAAAGGC